AAAAAAAAAAACCUACACCGGAAGUGGGUUGAGAAGACAGGAAGAACAAAGAAGGAAAGUACCCCGGUUCAAAACACACCACCCUUCUUAUUUAUCACUGUUCGUUUUCGGCCGUGCAUGUGAGGGUGAGCCCAUCCGAACAUGGCGAACAGUGCGCAAGAUGUGGAAAACAACCUGGACCAACAGGAGGCCAACGGCGCCCCAGAGCACCCUCAGCAGCACCAAGGGGCCGGUAUGACCAGCGCUCGGUCCAGGAGGGGCCCGGGGACCGGAGCAGGUGACGGCGGAUCGGCGGGCGGUGCGAGCGGCCCGGAGCAGAACGGCCAGGCGCCGUCCAGCAGGCCCGCCCGUGUGGUGGAAGCGGAGGACGACGAGGAGGAGGAGCUGACGCUGAAAUACGGCGCCAAGCACGUCAUCAUGCUUUUCGUGCCCGUCACGCUCUGCAUGGUGGUCGUCGUGGCGACCAUCAAGUCCGUCAGCUUCUACACGCAGAAAGACGGCCAGAGACUGAUCUACACGCCUUUCUCUGAGGACACGGACACGGUCGGCGAAAGGGCGCUCAACUCCAUCCUAAACGCCACCAUCAUGAUCACGGUGAUCAUCGUGAUGACUUUGGUGCUGGUGCUGUUGUACAAGUACCGUUGCUACAAGGUGAUCCAAGGCUGGCUUUUCUGCGCCUCCCUAUUCUUGCUCUUCCUCUUCUCGUUCAUCUACCUCAAAGAGGUGUUCAAGAACUACAACGUGGCCAUGGACUACUUCACCGUGGCCAUCAUCAUCUGGAACUUUGGAGUGGUGGGAAUGAUGUGCAUCCACUGGAAAGGUCCGCUGCGCCUCCAGCAGGCUUACCUCAUCAUGAUCAGCGCUCUCAUGGCGCUGGUGUUCAUCAAGUACCUCCCCGAGUGGACCGCCUGGCUCAUAUUGGCUGUCAUCUCCAUCUACGAUCUGUUGGCGGUGCUUUGUCCGAAAGGGCCUCUGAGGAUCUUGGUGGAGACGGCUCAGGAGAGGAACGAACCCAUCUUUCCUGCUCUCAUCUACUCUUCUACGAUGGUGUGGCUCGUCAACAUGGCCGACACGGACCAGCCCGGUAGGGGCUCUGGGGACGCAGCCUCGCCUCCGCCGCAGCCUCAAGACGCCGUGGCGUCCCCGGCGCCAUCCAGUCCAUCGCAGGAUGACGGCGGCUUCUCCGUGUCCUGGGUCAGCAACCAGGAGCACCAGCUGGGGCCGCUCCAGUCCACGGAUCAGAGUCGGCGGGAAAUCCAGGAGAUGCCGUCGGAUCGUCCUCCCGUGGAAGAUGACGAGGAGGAGAGGGGCGUCAAGCUGGGGCUGGGAGACUUCAUCUUCUACAGCAUGCUGGUGGGAAAAGCCUCGGCCGCCGCCAGCGGCGACUGGAACACCACGCUGGCCUGCUUCGUCGCCAUUCUCAUUGGCUUGUGUUUGACCCUGCUCCUGCUCGCCAUCUUCAAGAAGGCGCUCCCCGCUCUGCCCAUCUCCAUCUUCUUCGGCCUGGUCUUCUACUUCGCCACGGAUAACCUGGUGCGACCCUUCAUGGACCAGCUGGCGCUGCACCAGUUCUACAUUUAGCCACGCCCUUUUUCUACACCUCGCUUUUUCCACUACUGCCCCCUCUCUCCGCCCCCGGGGGGAGGCCGUUUAUUAUUACCAUUAAAGUUCCGCCGAGGUGUCGACUUGGCACCUUGCGGUUUUUCAUCCGGUCUCAGGCACUACACAGACUUCAGACUCCCAGUGGGACUCUCCCCCGCCCAGUCUGACCACUACUGGGGCAGCAGGUGCCUUGCUCAGGGACACCAGGAAGUUGAGGCGAUUGAACGAGCUCCUCCCUCGCGCAUAACGGAACCACGUUCAAAUCCCACGUUGGUACAUUUCACUCGAGUCACUCUGGGGAGGUCAAAGUUCAACCAGCGACCUGUCAGCCUGAGUUGUAGGAGGUCCAGUGCCUUGCUCAGGGGCACCUCAGUCCCACGUUUUUUU